UCGACUUGUGUUAAGCAACGAAACAAAAGCAAAUCAAUGAAAUUACGCACGCGUUGAAUACUGAAUAUGAAAUUAACGACUUUGACUACGGUAUUCGCACAUCCGUGAACAUUUUUCAAUGUCUGUCACCUGUUAGGGUUGAUACAAUUUGUCACCACGAUGUCUAGUGGGAGGAAUUCACUACCUAUCAAUAUAAAAAGACGUUUUUUACAUGGGAAAGUAUCAGUGUUGACUUUGAAGUGCAAGAUUCAUCAUGAAGACAAUUAUUGUAGUUGUUUUGGCGUAUGCCAUGACUAUUUUUACUGCCAGUGCGAUACCAGCAGGUUAUGGAGGUUAUGGUUAUAGUAGACAAGUACCACGUUUACGCCGUGGAUAUCAACAACAACCGCAGGCGAUGAUGUUUUCCGGUUUCUAUGGUCAACCAUCAUCAUAUGGACAUCAAGGAUCAAUGUCUGCGUUUGCAAACAAAGAUAUGAUCUUCACGAAUUCAUUCGCUGGUGAAGAAGCACCUAUUUAUUUGAAUAAUGAGCAAACAAAUGAAAAAGAAGUUUUAUCAGGACCAAAUGAACAGGAAGCACCUAUUGAAGAAGAGAUAGAAGUACAAACAACAACAAAAAGGCCUUCUAAAGUUAAAAAGAACAAAAGAAAACCAACCACAACAGUAAAACCAGUUGAAGAAGUUGAUCACAGUGAAGAAGAUGAAGAAGAAGAUCAAGAAACACCUUUUAGAGGUUCAAACAAUGCAAAUCGUCCUGGAAAUCCAGGAAAUCAAGCUGGUAACACUUUUUUCCCGGUAAUUUUUGGUAAAAGUCAAAAUGGCGGCGGUGGUCCCCCAGGCGCAGCCAUUGCGAUAGCAAACGCAUUCAGUACAGGUAAAGGAGGUGUCGCCAGCAGUCAUGCCACUGCCUACGGUGAUCCAUACUUCAGCCGAAUGGGAAACAAAAUAACGGUAACAAAAACAAGAAAAACUAACCCCAAAAACAACAUAUUGUACAAUAGUUAUAUUAGUAAUGUCUCAUUUGCGUGUUUUCUGUUCGAUUUAAACAAUAACAAUGUUCUCUCGCUUGUACCCGUGUCUUAUCUAGCUCACAUUACAUCGAUAGCAAAACAACAUGUUAAAUAA